AUGAACUUGCUGGUAGCACAUUCCAUGUGCAAAGGGUGCUUCUGGGCCAGGGGUGGUUGUCUGGGGCAGUAUAAAAGGCAGUCCAACUGCAGGCUCAUCAUUCACUUCUCUUGCCUUCUCCUGCUUGGUGAACAAGGUAAGAAGCAAGUACACCUCUGUCCCACAGCCAUGUCCUGCUACGAUCUGUGCCGUCCCUGUGGCCCAACCCCACUGGCCAACAGCUGCAACGAGCCCUGUGUCAGGCAGUGCCAGGACUCCCGGGUGGUGAUCCAGCCCUCUCCUGUGGUUGUCACCCUGCCUGGACCCAUCCUCAGCUCCUUCCCCCAGAACACUGCUGUGGGAUCCACCACCUCUGCUGCUGUUGGCAGCAUCCUCAGUGAGGAUGGAGUGCCCAUCAACUCCGGGGGCUUUGGCCUCUCUGGGCUUGGUGGUCGCUACUACUCUGGCAGGAGGUGCCUGCCCUGCUAAAGCUGGGCUGGAUGUCCAGUGAGUGCCUCGACCAGGAAGCCCCAAGCCAGGUGCUGGACUGAGGACGGAGCUGCUGGCCAGG